GAGGAUGGCACUCCAUACAGAAGCAGUCUCUGAGAGUGAUACAGUCAUCACAUCAGAUUGUUAGGAGCAGGCAAAAAGAAAGCACUGGGAGGUGAAUCACCAGCUUCUUAAAUAUCUGUGUUUGGAAAGUCUCCAUGGACCUCAGGCUUGGAGCUCUCCAUGGUCUACUAGCUACAUCUCUGUCCAUGUUCCUCUGAACCAGCAGUAAGAGGAGCAGUGGUUGAUUUCAGGACUUGGAAGAUCCAGGCAUCAGGUGGACCUUUGAGGAGCAGGAGAGGAUGGCUUCCAUUGGAGAAUUUGACCCAGUGAACAGCAGUGUACCUGCCACCAAGAUAGAGAUCACUGUGUCCUGCAGGAGUUUAUUGGACAUGGACACAUUUUCCAAAUCGGAUCCAGUGGUCGUUCUGUAUGUUCAAGGAGUCGGGAACAAGGAAUGGACAGAGUUUGGGAGGACAGAGGUCAUCGACAACACGCUGAACCCGGACUUCGUGCGCAAGUUUGUUCUGGAUUAUUUCUUUGAAGAGAAGCAGAACCUGAGGUUUGAUGUGUUCAACGUAGAUUCUCGAAGCUGCAAUAUAUCCAAACACAAGGACUUUUUGGGACAGGCGUUCUGUACCCUCGGAGAAGUUAUUGGAUCUCAAAGAAGUCGCCUUGAGAAGCCACUCUCGGGGAUUCCUGGAAAGAAAUGUGGGACCAUAAUCUUAUCAGCUGAAGAGCUCAGCAAUUGUCGGGACAUCGUCACCAUGCAGCUAUGCGCCAACAAGCUGGACAAGAAAGAUUUCUUCGGAAAAUCGGAUCCUUUCCUUGUGUUUUACCGCAGCAACGAGGAUGGCACAUUCACCAUUUGCCAUAAAACGGAAGUUAUAAAAAACACAUUGAACCCGGUGUGGCAGCCUUUCACUAUCCCCGUGCGAGCCUUGUGCAAUGGGGAUUAUGACAGAACGGUGAAAGUGGACGUUUAUGACUGGGACAGGGGAGGGAGCCACGAUUUCAUUGGGGAGUUCACCACAAGCUACAGAGAAUUAUCCCGAGGACAGAGCCAGUUCAGCGUGUACGAGGUGUUAAAUCCGAAAAAGAAGUGCAAAAAGAAGAAAUACAUCAACUCGGGAACCGUGACGCUUUUGUCCUUCAAAGCGGAAUCUGAAUAUACGUUCGUGGAUUAUAUAAAAGGAGGAACGCAAUUAAACUUCACAGUAGCCAUUGAUUUCACGGCAUCGAACGGUAACCCUUCACAACCCACCUCGUUGCAUUACAUGAACCCUUACCAGCUAAACGCAUACGGCAUGGCGUUAAAGGCUGUUGGUGAGAUUAUUCAAGACUACGACAGCGACAAACUCUUUCCGGCUUAUGGCUUCGGGGCCAAGAUGCCACCAGACGGCAAAAUUUCCCACGAAUUUCCACUGAAUGGGGAUAUUGAGAACCCCAACUGUGUAGGGAUCCAAGGAGUUUUGGAGGCUUAUUUUAAAAGCCUGCGGACGGUCCAGCUGUAUGGACCAACCAACUUUGCAUCGGUCAUCAACCAAGUUGCCCGGGCGGCCGGUCAGGUUAUCGAUGGAUCUCAGUAUUAUGUUCUGCUGAUUAUCACCGAUGGAGUCAUCUCUGAUAUGGCACAAACCAAAGAGGCCAUUGUAAACGCUUCUUCAUUACCGUUGUCCAUCAUUAUAGUAGGCGUUGGGCCAGCAGAAUUUGACGCAAUGGAAGAGUUAGACGGAGAUGAAGUGCGGGUCUCAUCGCGAGGCCGUUACGCUGAAAGAGACAUUGUGCAGUUUGUACCAUUCCGGGAUUACGUGGACCGCUCGGGCAACCAGGUCCUCAGCAUGGCUCGGCUCGCCAAGGACGUGUUAGCUGAAAUCCCGGAGCAAUUCCUCUCUUAUAUGAAAUCCCGUGAGAUCAAACCUCGUCCCAUUCCUCCGUCGGCCCCUACGCAGAACAUCCCCUCGCACAUAUGAGCACCGGCCUCUGCAAUAACAUCCUACGUAGGAUGAGGACAUUACCUACCAUUAACACACAGGGUAAAGCUUCGAACUUCCCAGAACCCCUCUCGCUUCGCCUGGCAUCUACUUAGAAAAGAAAGAAUGACUUUGCCUCUUGCGUCUCCAAUAAAAGUAGUGGCUACUCCAUCUUUUUUGGUGGGGGUGAUCCAAACUGAAUUAUUUUGCCCUGGAAAACUGUUAUAUGUCCUUCCCAAGGCAGGAACGUGGGGUGAAACACCAGGUAGUAGACGUUGAUGAGGUGUAUUAGUUGAAAGAUACCUUGAAGGAAGCUUUGAUGGCUCGUGCACUCAUGGAAUGCUGUACAGUAUUUAAGAACAUUUUCUUUUUUUCAGAUUCUAAAAAAAAAAAAAAGCCAACACACAAAUAUUGUACAUUUGUGCUGACUGAGGAAUUGUAUACCGUAGUCCUCCUAUGUCUCCAAAUAUAUAUACAAUAAACCUUUAAGCGAAAA